AUGUCGACAUUUGGCGGGUACAUGCCUGAGUUCCCUGACAUUCGUGUCGACCAUUUUCGCCAAAUUAUAGGUCGAACUGCUCCGCUAGCAUGCUUCUUAAGCCAUGUUCACAGCGACCAUCUUGAGGGACUUGAUAAUGAUCGUGUCAAACUGCCAUUUGUUUACUGUUCGGCGGCUACCAGAGAAAUCUUGUUGAGACUCGAAAAGAGAAGAGACCGCUUGAACUUGGCGCAGGGUAUUUUAGAAAAGGAGAAGAGAACUUAUAAACAUUUGAAGAGUGUUUUGAAACCGAUUCCAUUAGAGACACCAACAUUGAUUGAGUUGGCGCCGAAAAAUGAAGUAAGGGUUACAUUGUUUGAUGCCAAUCAUUGCACAGGGGCAGUAAUGUUCUUGUUUGAAAAGGAGAAUACUGCAGUCUUGUAUACUGGGGACAUUAGAUCGGAACCAUGGUUCGUCAAUAAUUUGACACGAAGUCCAUUUUUGAUCGAGUACACAAGCGGCAUGAAGACUUUAGAUUGUAUUUACCUCGAUACAAGCAACACUGGACCAUUAGCAUUCCCUACGAAGGCUGAUGGCUUGAAGGAAAUGAUUGAGAAAGUCAGAAAAUAUCCACCAAAUACCAAGUUCCACUUUUCGGCCUGGACGUUUGGAUAUGAAGAGGUUUGGGCAGCGCUAUCACGAACACUCGACUCGCAGAUUCAUGUGGACAAAUACAAGUACAAGUUGUACCAAUCGCUGCGUCAAGAUGGGUCUGAUGGACAAUCACGAUUCUUGGCACCUGAGGGUCCUGUGUUAGUCGGAUGUAUUGUUGGAAAUGGCCCAAAAGAAGGUUGUUUGACUACCGAUAAAAGCGUACGAAUCCACAGCUGUGAGAAGGGAAUGGGCUGCUCGGCUUAUGGAGAGGAUGACAUUGUGCUGAUACGCCCAUUUAUUGCCCGUGGACCAGAUGGAGUGGAAAUAGCAGAAGUUGGUAUUGGAGGUGGCUGGGGCGAUCUAGUACCAAGUUAUGAAGUCGCCAUGGAUUUCGAUGAUGUCAAGGAAUUUCUAGAGACAGUUUUUGCCGAGACAGAUCAACCCAUAAUUGAAGACAUUCGAAGUAUGCUUCUUGCAGAACUGAUAUCUACGAAGGGGGCCAUAUCAUUAGAUGGAAUGCAAUUUGGUAGCGAUACAAUCUCUCUAAAGGGACUUGGUGAAUCUUUGCUACGAAAGUUGGCACAGAAAUCUACUGUAGUACCCGACAAGAAGAGAGACGCUAUUCCUGAAAAGGGCCUUCCCAAGGUAAUCACAUUUCCAUACUCACGUCACUCGUCAUAUGCCGAACUUUGUCAUCUUGUUGAAAUCUUCAAACCAAAAGAUGUUUAUCCAUGUACUGUAGAUGAAGAAGAAUGGCAUGAAGGAUUAAGCAUGAAAACUCUCUUUGGAGAAUAUUGCUCUGCUUCCGUUUUUCGGCAUGAUAGUGAAAUACGAGAACUGGUUGCUAUUCGUGUUGCCGAAAUGGCCAUGAUGUCAAGCCAACAAACGCAAACAACAACUGCGUCCAAAUCUUCUCCAAUGUCGACAGGCCAUUUUGAGGAACUCGCUUUAACAGCAGCCAGGUUGGACAACGGAAUUGGCCCUUCCACGCCAAAUCCAUUUCACGAAGGGACAACUAGAAUUGGUCGACAAUCAAUGUCUAACUGGUCGCAAGAGCUGGUAUCCCCAUCUCCAGCUCCACCAUCUCAAAUGGGUGUAACCAGCAUCAGUCAGACACCAAGAUCAGUUGCUACAAAUUCAGACUUGAGUUCAAGCCGUCAAGCGUCGCAGCGAAGAGCGGCUGCGGAUAUGAUUAGUCCACCACCCUUGAAACGCGUUCGGCUUAGCGAGGAUUCCCAAAUGAAUGAUUCAACGCCUUCGAAAUCACCUACCCCUUCAGAAUCUGUUACGGACUUGGAACAACAAGGCGUCGCGUCCUCCGCUGAGAUCAGCGGCGACAAUGUUGACUUAACGGUCCCACUCAAACUAUUGAUGGAGAAGCUUGGCAAUGUACCUGCACUCUUUGAGCAAACGCGGAAAGCAUUACUGGAACUCGAUAUUGGCGAGAUAGAUGUUGAAGCAUACAUCUCUCAGGAAUUAUCGACCCUGGAUUCCAUCCAUGCACAAAUUGAUCAGCUUGUACCACCGCCCAUUCUAUCGGCGCUAUAUGCUAGUAUACAAUCACUUUCUCAAGAAGUGGUCGCAGAUUUCUUGGGAUUGCGUGAUCAUGUAGGCUUGUAUGCAUACCUGGAAAUAGAGGUGGGACUGUACACACGUCGCCAAUUAACACCACUGCAACACCUCAUUGAAGAGAUCAAACAUAUCAAGUUGUAUUUGGAUCAAUCCCCGAGUCAACGGAAGCCCUGGAGAUCUAACGUAAGCCUGGAAAGCAUGUCGGAAGUAUUCACACUUGAAGCCAAUAGCGACGCAGAUACAAUGGAUCAUCAAGAUAUCUCCACGCCCAUGGACGAGAAUGAACUAGCAGCAGGCGUUACCACCGAGGAUGAUGAAGAUAUCUUUCCCACAUUGUCAGAGGAAGAGGACCUUCACGAAGAUGAGAAUUUCCCCUUCUAUGACCCAAUUGAUAAAAUCCUUCGAUGUGGAGAUUGUGGUCAUGAGAUUUGGGAGGACGCAGCUGGAAGGGUAGAUUUGACGCUCGGAUUUUGCACUGGCUGCGGCAAUGGAAUUAGCCCCUUCUAUGAGGAUGCUGAUUUUCCUGGGAAAAUCCCUCGUAUCUACGAAGAUGAAUAUGGAAGCGAGGCUGACGAAGAGAGAGCUCGAGCAUUGAUUGGGGAUACACAUCUCGAUUAUCAAUCCUCGGCUUACGAUACCCAAGACGAGGAUUCCGAACUUGUUUUGAAUGAAGAUUAUGAAGUUAAUAGUUUUAUUGAUAACUCCGAAGUGCUAGAAUCAGAUUCAGAGUCCGAGACUUCUGAUAGUGAGAGUGAGGGAGAGGUAGAUUAUAAAUCCGCGUUCAAGAAACUGCAAGCGAAUUUUGACCUAUUGAUGAAUGAUUAUUGCGAGUUGGCGGAUGCGUUUGAAGAGUUUAGGCAUGAUAUGCUUGGUACGAGUGAAGAGGAAGAUGAUGGGGAUAUAGAGGAUAAUGAUGAGGAAGAGGGAGUGAGAAGAGAUGAGUUAGGGGCACAUGUGGUGGAUGUUUUGGUGAAGCAGGGGGAGCUUGUGGUGGAAGAUGUGCUCGUUUCGUCGUUCAGAAGUGUUGUUGAGGAGGAGGGAGAGGGAGAUGUGGGUGGUGAUGAAUUCAGAGACAAAGAACUCGAGCAAGAUGAAGCCACGAUUGUUGAGGUUAUAUCAAUCACGUCUUCUGAUCCGAGAGGAGAAAGCAUGGAAUUGUGA